CGAGGCAGACGGUGUUCCGUAAUUCACAUCUCGGCGUCCCAACAUGUGUUUGUGUAGAGUUUGUGCUUUACAGUGGUGGUCCUGUAGAGAGCGGUAGAUAGUUUUAAUAAGUGGUUACACAGCCGAGCGCUCGCCUUACUGUACUGUACAUAAGCGGAGGGAGGAGCGACCGUGUAGUAUUUCUUUUUUGGUUCUUUCCCCCUUGUCGUUGCAACCCAUCCAAACGUUUGUGGAAGGCAGCGAGAAGGGGAAACAAACUACUCUUUUUCACGCAAAUACAAACGCUUUUUGUAGGAAGGAGGACUGGGGGAGCCGUGUGAGUGAGGAGCGGAGAUAAUUUGACGGUACGAGGCGCAGCGGCUUGGCAGAGGACCGGGCUCGGGAGUGAAGUGGGGGACGUGUAGCCAUCCAGCACCGCCGCUUACACUUGUGCAGUAACCAGAGGAGCUCCCGCUGACUUUCUCCCGCUUCAUUUCCGCCCUAAUGCCCUAAAUAUCCAACCCGAAACUGGCGUCCAGACCGCGUGGGGGGUAACCGACGAGUUCCCUGAGACCUAUGUUGGGAUGAAAGCUGGGAUCAAAAGCAAAGAAACAACACUGAAGUGAAGACAACUGACCACCAAGGGCGGAGACGAGGCGGACCACACAACGCAGGAGGCCUGGGGAAAUCAUUAACCUCAUACAACAUGACUGACUGGAUCCCACUCCACGCUCUGUAUCCCUGAGACCGACAUCCAUCUCCAGCCCCCCCGCCCCCCACCCCCACCCCCCGACCCCCCAACCCCCCCCGGCCCCCAGGGCCUGCCGAUUUACCCACAGCAGAACCUCCACCAUCUUCCAUAUCUUGCAGCUUCACACCAAGCUACAGAACACCCAACCUCAAAGGGGGUCAGCUCCUUUUGGAGACCCCCCCUCCUACCUCCCAAGCCCCCUGGGACGGGACCCUGUCAUGUUUCACUGACUGACCCUUCCCAACCGGCGAAUGACAAGUGUGCAUCCGAGGGUGGGGCUUGCCUCAGUCUCUCAUAAUUGGCUGCUGGAUGGAAUUAAGGUGAAUGGAACACAUGCCCAAGGAGCAGGACCCUAACCCAUCAGAGGGAGAAGAGAAACGGUGGCUCAAUGGCCCGAAAAGGAAGAGGAAGAACAGCCAAUGUUCGGUGAAAAGUAUGACUGGGUACAUCCCCAGCUACCUCGAAAAGGAUGAGCCAUGUGUGGUGUGUGGCGACAAGGCCACAGGUUACCACUAUCGUUGCAUUACAUGCGAGGGCUGCAAGGGUUUCUUCCGCAGGACCAUUCAAAAGAACCUCCACCCCACCUACUCCUGUAAAUAUGAUUGCUGCUGCAUCAUCGACAAGAUCACCCGCAACCAGUGUCAGCUCUGCCGCUUCAAGAAGUGCAUUGCAGUGGGCAUGGCUAUGGACUUGGUGCUGGAUGACUCGAAGCGGGUGGCUAAACGGCGCCUGAUUGAGGAGAACAGGGAGCGACGCAAGAAGGAGGAAAUGGUGAAAUCCCUUCAGAACCGUCCAGAGCCCACCGGGGCCGAGUGGGAGCUGAUCCGCCUGGUGACGGAGGCCCAUCGACACACCAAUGCUCAGGGCGCACAGUGGAAACAGAAGCGCAAAUUCCUGCCAGACAAAAUUGGCCAGUCCCCGGUUGCCCCCACAUCAGACGGAGACAAGGUGGACCUGGAGGCCUUCAGUGAGUUCACCAAGAUCAUCACUCCUGCCAUCACCCGCGUCGUCGACUUUGCCAAAAAACUGCCCAUGUUCUCUGAGCUGCCUUGUGAAGACCAGAUCAUCCUGUUGAAGGGCUGCUGCAUGGAGAUCAUGUCACUGCGAGCUGCCAUGCGCUACGACCCCGACAGCGAGACGCUGACGCUGAGCGGGGAGAUGGCUGUGAAGCGCGAGCAACUGAAGAACGGUGGCCUGGGUGUGGUGUCGGACGCCAUCUUCGAUCUGGGCAAGAGCCUGGCGCAGUUCAACCUGGACGACACGGAGGUGGCGCUGUUGCAGGCCGUGCUGCUCAUGAGCUCAGACCGCUCUGGCCUGACCUGCAUGGACAAGAUCGAGAAGUGCCAGGAAACCUACCUGCUGGCAUUUGAGCACUACAUCAACUACCGCAAGCACAACAUUCCCCACUUCUGGCCGAAGCUCCUGAUGAAGGUGACAGACCUGCGCAUGAUCGGGGCGUGCCACGCCAGCCGCUUCCUUCACAUGAAGGUGGAGUGUCCCAAUGAACUCUUCCCUCCGCUAUUUCUGGAAGUCUUCGAGGACCAGGAGGUGUGAAACACAGAUGCCACCAGGCAAAGGGAAGAGGAAGUUGGGGCAAACUGGGAGAUGGGAAGGGCCAUCAUUUUUAUAGGGGAAGGAUGGAGGGAGAGUCCUCUCGGCAGGAAUCGGCAUUUCUCUGACAUCACAUUUACAGUAUGUGGAUUAAAAACUGGAAACAACAAUAACAGAAACAACACACCAGCAACAGGAGAGUCAAGCAAACAGGAUUUUGUUUUUUGAACACCCUCUCCUCCACCUCUUUCUCCUCCUUUUACUUACCCCUAUUUCGAAAUCCGUGUGGGGGCCCUUCUGUCUGAGCAUGAUGUCUUAUCUAGCAAGAGUUGUAGCCAUUUGCCAAGACGCGCACACAGACACACACAACACAUGCGCACGCACACACACACACAAACACAAACACACACACACACACACAGCCACAGCCUGUUCCACCUCAGUUCUUCAGAGCAGCACUCUUUGCAGGGGUCGGUUCCCCCCUCUCUGGUUCUUUGUAGUGGUCACAGAUUUACACACGUUUUGAAGCCCGUGUCUCAGCACCUCUCAGUAUUAUUUCUGAAUAAGUGUUUAGGCAGUAAUUCAGAAAAUAUGGUCAACGGUGACAUGUUAUCACACUCACAGCAGGCACACGCAAUCAGCAAACACUGCACAUUGAAAUUUCAGUAGAUGCUUUAUUAUUCUGGUGUAUAAUGGCCGUAGUAAUGCUACCAGACCUAGUUAUUAUCAAUUUCUCAACUCAAUCUGAGCCGUUACAGCUGUUUUUGGAGCUUCUUCUUCUUAGAUCCCAGUGAAACCGGUGCUAUAUUUAUAUAAGGCUACUCCAGUUUUAUGAAAUUGUGUUGUCUACCUUUGAAAAACGUGCAGACCAUGGCUCCAUAUCUACCUUCAUUUUUGUCAUUGGACCGGCUCCUGUGACAUACAGUACAUGCACACACACUCACAGACACACACAUGAGCAGACUUGCCUAGUCAUUGCCCGUGCUGCUCGUGCCAGCAACCUAGCGUCUUAUGAAUGACAAUUAAGCGCUUCUCUCUCCAAGGAGUUAGUGCAUUGAGGAAAAGAAAGAAAGUAAGUAGAGAAGAGAAGGAGACACUUGGAAGCCGAGAGGAGGGAGGGGCAGAGAUAGAGGGAGGAAACAAGAUUUAAUAGCUGGACUGUGGAUUCAGAACCAGGGGUUAGAAAUAAAUCUCCCAAACUAGGCCUCCAAAGAGGUUUUGAAUAGCAGCAACCACCAGCAGGACAGCAAAGCUCAUCCAACACACACAUACACUUUCUCUCUCUUGCUCCCUCUCUCUCUCUCUCUUUCUGUCUUUCCCCCUCCCUCCCUCCCUCUCUCUCUCUCACACACACAAACACACACACACACACACACAUAUACAUGAACACACACAACAUCACCUCAGAGUAACGUGAAUGCCUCAUUUUACUGUACACACUGCGCGGCAGUGUCGAUAUACAGCCCUAACCUGCAGGGUUUGUACCGAGUCCCCUCCUCACGGACUCAGCUCAGUGUGGCCCCUCCAGGCUUCCAUACACACAUGCCUUUUUUACCAUGGGCGUCACUGAGAGCAGGCAAAUGCCAAGAAGGCUACCAUUUACCUCAAUGCGGACACACCCCCAGGCUGGGGCAGCAAUACUGCCCCUGUGGUGUCAGGCACUACCUCACCUCUGUGGACACAGGGCAGCUGCCCACAGCCUACACACAGACAUACACCAUUCAAGUUGGCGCAUGUGUAGAUUAACACACAAAUGUGCAUAAUUUUUGCGUAGGUGCACACUUGUAGUACUGGAAAGACAAAACACUCACAGCAUACACACACACCCUCAGUGCUAUCACUUGGUUGAAAUGAAAUACCACUGAAGACAGGAGGGCCAGCCAUCCCCCUGGGAGGUUUCACCCACUCCAGGGAAUGGUACCCAUUACAUUCGGGUUAUCUCUUUUUGUUAUAUGGGACCAAGUGUCAUCUUUUGAAAUUUGGAUUUACUUGUUUCUGUCAAAACAGAAACCGACUCAAAGAAGUGACGAAGGACAGUGUAGAUGUGAAGCCCAGCUGACACCCAUCUAAGCAAGUGGCAAGAGGAUAGAUCACAUAGAGAAACUGAAUAACCAGUGGUGACCACAUCUGUUGAAUUAGCACGCAUAGAAGCGCAGUCUCUGUCUGCAUCAUGGUGAUCUUCCACAGUACACUUAUGACGGCUGCCAUUGGAUCUUGAUAAAUGUUUUCAUGGGAAUAAGCUUUCGUUUGUGCAUGGACAGUGCAUUAGACCUAAAAAGAUGGGAUGUUCUCAACCUAAAUGACGCCUCUUCAGAGGCAACUUAACUCUUUUAGUCUCAUGCACUUUACCAAUGCUCCCCUAUAUAACAGUAAUAUAUCCUGGCAAAUAUCCGUGGCAGAUAUCAUAGUGUAUUAGCCAAACAACCAUUCAAGAAUGUUGAUUUGAUCAUAAAAGCCCACUCUGUUCAUUCCAAUUCUGGGGCCAAGCCGAAUCUAACUGGCUUUACACCUCUUACAAGAAGAGAAUGAAAGAAAAGAGACUAAGAAAAUGUAUUUUAUAUUCAAUGCCAAGCAGUAGUUCAUACUGGGCACUUGUACAGGAUGGGUAACGUGCACCCCUUAGAAGAACCUAAGCAGAUUAUCGUGCGCCAGGGAUCGUGGGUAAUCGUCACAGAUGGCCAAGCCUAACUGCUUCAAACGCGUGGAGCAGUGCUGGUAGGAGAGAGGAACUGGAGCACCACUUCGGGCAUGAUGGCAGCGUCUGGUCUGAAUCCCUUCCUCAAGCACAUCACCGCUUCCAGAGAUCAAUCACCUGCCCUGCCCUGCCCUACCUUACUCCAGCCCACGACGGUGCCCUUUCUGGAGCCUAGCUCAGACUGAAUUGCACCCCACCACCAUUAUAACAGCCCCCACCCAGCCAGGCUGGAGGGAGUUUUUGCACUACUGCAGCGGUCCUCUCUUUUAUCCCCUUACUCCUCAAAGUUUAACCAGUGUCCCUCAUUGGAUUACACAUUAGUUCCCCCUCCCUCACCUCAAAUGGGCAUCCUGACCUGCUCUGUGUAACAGAGGCUGGCAGUUGCAGCGGGCUCAGUCCCAAACCUGUCUUGUUGUCAGUAUUAGACCAACAGCACAUAAACCUCAUCCCUUACCCAACCCAAACAGGGGCGGAGAGAGAUCCCUGAGUAGAGGAGUCAGGAGGGCUGUGUAGCACUUACUCAUUCUCCCUGUAGUACUCAUUUUCCCAUCAUCCCUCCUGCAGCAGAGUCAGCCCAGUGACAUUUCAAAUUCUGAGCCCUCCUCCAAACAGCUUCCCUUUCAUCGUCAUUCUCUCUCCCCCUCUCCUCUUCCCUGAGCACCCUAGCUAUCUUACCCACUCACCGCUGGGUGAGUCCCCCCCCCAACCCCCGACAGCUUGGCCCAGAAUCAUUGACACAGAAUGGGAUCCAGGCCUCUCCCUUGUGAGACAAGGCUGGCCAUAACUGCCCUUUAGAGUGGCGCCACCGAAUGAAUGUGAACGGCAAAGCAGCAGCGGCGGGAACGAGACACUUGAGCGCGGGAAUGUGAGGAUGCGAGAGAAGAAGAAAACGCGGGACAGGAAACAAAAAGCCGAGGGCCUCGACCCUCACUGCCAUCACGGACAUGGGUGAGAGAGGGCGACGUGGCUGGCUGUAGAGACGAUGUUAACGAACACUCGGAGGAAGGGGAGACGGCGUAGUAGGAAUAUCUACGGUCUCCCCUUCAGUUCCCACAACAGCCUCCACACGAGCCCCCCGCUCCCAUGCCAGCUGACCCCCCCCCCCCCCAGCUCCCUCAGAAAGGAUAACCUCCAACUUUGAUAUGGUGAGGGAGAGGAUCAGGAAGAGAUCCAUUCCAGAGAUGCAGGUUUGGAAUUCCAACACAUCUUUGUAAAAGAACUGAAAAAACAAACAUUGACAUCCUUUGUUCUCGUGAGCUGACUGGGUAUGUGUGUGACAGUAGGGGUUCUAAUGCUGCUUUACCUUCUGAGUCUGAUUUAGAUUAAGAAAAAAAGAUAUAUGAAAUGAUUAUAAAUCCAUAAAACAAAAUGAAAAGAGAUGACUUUAAAAAAAGACUCCUGAAUAAAAUUAUUGGAGAUUUUUCAUUUUAUCAUUUUCUUAUUUUUCUGUUUGUUUUUUUUGAUGCUUAAACUGCUCUGUGUAAAAGAGGAAAAAAACAGCUGUAGUCACUUUUUGACCAUGCGUGCAGUGUAAUAUAGAAAAUAUUUCACUUCUUUUUCACAUCUAUAGUUUGUGUUGAUAAGCCAACUGAUAUGUUUGUCUGUGUGUCUGUCCAGUUGUCCGUCCCCUCUUAUCAGGAGGAAUUUACAACCAACAAAACAGGAAUUUCUUUUUUUUAUAUUUUGUUUUCUUUUUUUAUGAAAUACAACUUUGGAGAAAAAAAAACACAAACAGGAAAAAUAAUGCAACAGAAACUGAAAAUACGAAAAAAAAAACAAAAAAAAAAACAAACACAAUCUUGUCAUACCUCACACAACACAAAACUCAAAGGAACUUGGGAGGAGUAAUAUUUUGCAGGCACAUGUGAAAGUUCUGAGAUGCAUAUAUAGAUUUAAAAAAAAAAAAUGUAUAUGUUAAGAUAAUAUGUGCUUGUGUGUACGCAUCAGUAUAAGUUACAAAAGAACUCUUCCCUCAAGCUUUGGUGCUCUCUAUCUUAUCCAUUUGGUUCUCAGAUGACGGGAGAGGCAACUCCAACUCAAAGGCACAGUCUACAGAAAGUACAUUUAAAAUGUGAAUGGCCCAGAGACUGAGGGAUUGUGGCUUUUGUAAUGGCUGAGUGUUAUAUGGUAUUGAAUGUAGCUGACAGGAGGGGGCUGGACCUGAGCCCGGCACCCACAACCUAACUUCCACACACCAGCAGAGAGGAUAGUGGUGUCACAUAGAGGUUACAAACAACCAACAAAACUGAGAAUAUAUAUUGCCCAUCUGCAAGGUGCAAUACUAUGUUAUGUAUUUUUGUAUGUUUUCUGUUUUGAUUUUAUUUUCAUUUCAUUCACGUUUUAUUUUGGCCAUAACCAAGGAUGUAAAUACAUAAACAUGCAACACUUAAGGUUUAUUGCAACAAAGUAAAUUUAACCGCUCCAUCCCACUGUCAUGACAGAGGAAAAAAAAAAAGGAAAAAAAAGCAAAGUAAUGUGUAAAGCUUCUUACAUUUGUAUGUGUGCACUCUCUCACGUGCAUGCAGAUCCAUAUUCAGAAGUGCCCCGUGACAUUAAUCAUGAACCCUGUGCCUCCUCUUGUUUGCAAAGAGAUUCGUAUCCCUCAUGUUCUCAUAACAACAUGACACGCUAGACAUGAAUGCCUAUAGAUGUGUGUGUGUGUUCACCUAUGGAAUCAGAUUCAAGUUCUUCCAAACUAUUGAUGUGAGUGUCGCCAGCAGCCACAGUGGCUAAAAGGUCAAGAGGUCAGGAGGGCGGCGGGGUUGAGUGAAGUUGGAGGUGGAAGAAGGGGAUACGGAACAAAAAGAAAGCAGGUUAUUAUUUGGCAUGAAUGUCAGCUAACCUGGCUGCUACACACCCACAUUAUAGUUGGAAAAGUCCAAAUUGGGUUUCCCCAUCUGUCCGCCAGCCCAUAGCCUCCCAGGAGCCAGCCUGAAAAUAUCGCAAGCUCAGUUUUUGACAUGAGGUAGCUGAGAAAGUCUGAACCAGGUAUUAACUGGGACUUUUAAAGGCCCCGUUUACACUUGUCCUUUAAAGUGUCUUUUCAUUUACAUUUAAGCACUUCUAUGCAUCUCUGUUGGCCAGAUCAAAACAAUCUGAUUGCCCCUGUCUUGGUUUUCCCAGGAUAUGUGCAAAUCAGGAUCACACACCUCCAGCCCAGAGGGUGGUGUUAAAGCACCGUAAGCUGGUCAGAAACUGCCAAAAUGCUAAAACAAUCAGAUUAGCAUUAAUAGAGCUAAUUACUGUCUGUAACUAAUUUUAAACGUCUUUACAGGCUCUCAUGUAAGCCACUCCCUCGCCCAAAGAUCAGUGCUCCCUCACCCUGAUCAGGGAUCAGAUUAAUGCUACAAUAGCUAGAUGUGACCUCCGUAUGCAAGGGAGAAUGACGGCUAAUUUCAGUGUAACUUAAUCACCCGUUAUCACAAGGGACAGACCCUGUAAGUAGCUAAACCUUACUUGGGAGGAGUAAACGUUACAUAUUGGUCGAGACGGUCUAGAUUGGUCAUAUUGGAUAGACGGAUGCAUUUACAACUUUUCGGCAUCAGGCUAGAAUCUAUCUUUGUAUCUUUGUGUCAUCUUCUUGGUGGCAUUCACAGCUUUUGAUGUAUAAAUGUGUUGCUAAAUGUUCCAUAAGUGUAAAUGGGGUGUGAGAUGAUCAUGACGAUGAUGUUUUAACAGAGUACCAUAUUUGGGUUUCAACUCUCACCAGUUAAAGCUGAAGGUAAUUUUGUUUAUGCCCAGUAAUGACACCCCUAACUCCAGCAGAUCCAGUUUUUGGCGGACCACAACAAAGCAAAGCAAAGCGUGGUUUUCAAGGCUGGCUCUGUGGCGCCUUUAAGCUCAUCCCUCCAUAGAUAUUAUGAUCCUGGUUUAUUCUCGCAUGUUGACACAUUGGACAAGGGUGGAGAUUGUCUGUGAUGUUUUUUGUUUUGUUCUUUUGUUUUUAUGGUUGUGUUUGGUCCCCUCCAUGCCAAAUGUAGAGUUUGUGAAGACAUGCAAGUAGCAAGAUGUCUAUGCAAUUUCCCUCCAACUCCCUCCAAAACACAAGCUCAGUGUAACAACACUGAGCUAGUUUUGCUUAUGAAAUCAAAUUCGGACUGGCUUGGAUUCCAGAGGUUCUUUGCUUUGACCUAAAGACCCUUGCUACUUUGUGUGGGCGAGGGUCCGGACUGCCCGGGUGAGCUAGCCUGUAGCCCGGCUGAGUGGCUGGCCCUCAGGCUUGGUAACUCUUUGCGGUAGUCUCGGUCCCAGAACAAGUAGGAGGGGUACUGGGGAUGUUGUGGAGAAUAAGGAGUCUACGAGAUGUGCUGUUGUUUGUAAACUGCUCAGAAAGUGGUGUGUGUGUAAUUAUAUGUGUGUUGUUGUUGCGUUUGGGUACUAUUUACCUGAUGCAAUGCUCUCAUUGUUCGGUGGGUUGAGUGUUAAGGCCUCAAAGCCUCGAAUUCCAAGAUUUAGACAAGCCCCUAAAUUCAAUCCUUCUGCAAUAUGUGUGUGAAGCUUUAAUUUUUCUAUCCUGCGACCAAGUUGAUGUAACGUUAGAGAAUAUUCUGGGUGGUUGAUGUUCAUCAGUGGGAUCUACGUAGCAUAAGCAAGUUUACUUAACCCCCUCACCUGUGCUUUUGAGACGUGACAAAAGGAUUUGACCUGAUUUGGAAUCAACAUCACCCCGCUGGAGAUGAACAUCUACACCCUGCUGACCAUCACUUUUACUAGAGCACUUAUACAAAAAGCACUUUGAAAGGCCCGAACCAACCCACGAUAGGUGGAAGAAUCUUUGGUGGUAAUAAUUGCAACAAGAUAAAAAAUAUAUAUAUAUAAAUUACACCCAAGCCAAAUGCCUUUUGCACCAUUUAAUGUUUUUUAAAUUAGUUUAACCUGAGAAUAAACAGAGCUGCAGCCUGUAGGCAGAAACAGACGAUGACUAACUAUAAAGUUUACAAUUAUUUUUUAAUGAAGUGCAAUAAGUGAGUGAGUGAACCUUUUGGCGUAUUUCUCGUCUUAUUGGAUCUUUUUUACACAUAAUAAUCUGAUGAUUGCUUUUAAAAUGCACCCACCCGUGAGAGCAUCAGCUAGACCCACUCCAGACACACACACACACACACACACACGCGCGCAUACAUACAAACACAGACCACUUUUUGUGACUGGGUAAAGGAAGCUAUUGAAGGAUUCUCUCAGGUAAAAGAACAUUUUCUAAUAAAUGAUGAUGAACCUUAGAUGAAAAACCAUUGUUAGCUCAUCUUUUUUGUCUCAAUUCUCAAUUUACAAUCAGCAAUGUACCUUUUUUUUCUCCUCUGUGUUCGGUCCUGGACAAGUGUCAGGAUAAAAAAAGGUGUAGACAUCCAGGUUUCAAAACAUUGGACCCUGAGUCUACUUCAACCAUAAAGAAUUAUGCCCUCAUUGCUUUCUUAACCCUGAGUGAAAACACAUUUCUUCAUGUGUGGACGUGGGAGAGUGAUGUGACUGGGAGUUGUAUUUGUGUGGGUUCAGUGCUGCACUGUGUUGAAGCCCAUUCCCUCCAGGAAAAAGACAGAAAUAAAUGAAAAUUUAGGAAUGACCACAAUAAAUUGUUCUCAUGGUAAAUCGAAAUAAUUUUGAUUCGAAGUCACAUUUUUGACUUUUUACAAUCUCAUGAUUUUGAUUUACUCUCUGAAAGUGAAUUCUAUUAUUAUAAUUUUGUCAUCUUUAAGCGUUGUCCUAUUAUCUCAAAAGCAUGACUUAGUGUGACAUAAUUUUGAUUUUCAAAGUAAAUUCUUUUGACUUACAGCCUCAUUAGUUAAAUUUUUUUUCACCCCUAAUUUUUUAUCUUUUAAUCCCAUUGGCAAUGGGCUGCCAUACCACAGUGAAAACACACAAGAUUUAAUUUAUUUUUCUUACUCAGACAAGCUUAUUUUUAUUUCAGAAGUCCAGCUUGAGCAUUUGAUCCUAAAUAAAUCACAUUUUGACAUUUCUCAUGAACACGUGCCAGAUUGUACAAAAGCAAAUUCAGCCCUUACUGUCAGUAAUAGCUUAAGCUUUGCACUUUCCUCCAUUACGGUCAAAGUGUCCGCAGCAAUACCCAGCUCUCCCUCACCCAGUUGGCUAAUGGUGAACAUACAGCAGUACAUGGCUCCCGUUCAAGCCAGGCACCAUCCACCCUCAGGGCUGGGGGAGGGAAGGGCCAGAGGAACUGGCUUUGUUCUUCCAUUCCCAGGCCUGUUCUAUUUCAGUGUGCUUACUGUUUAACUUUGUGAUGUACGGGAAGGUUUGGCAUGGCUAAAACUGAGGCUGUGCAUGGAACAACGGGUGACAAGUUAAAGGAAAAACCUGAAUGAUUGAGUGGAGAAACAUAACAAAUGCAGAUGCUUCCUGGUACAGUUAAGCAAUCAACAUCCCAUCAUGCUCUGUGGCAGGUAUAAAAAUACUGAUCAGGCCCAGUUGAUUCUGAUUUUGUGUCAAGAUGGCUGCAAGAGGAAAAAUGUGCAUUUGAGAGUUCAGUUGUGCAAAAACCACAGGCCCUCGUCUACGGAGAUGUGCAGAAAAGUGACCUGGUCAGAUGAGUCCACCAAGAGGAUGGUACAGGCCUUACUGCUCGACUCCUACAGUGAGGGGAUCAGGUGGCUCUGUUCUGCUGUGGGGGGCAUUUUGUUGUCACGGUUUGGGUCCACUUGUCCCCUUAGAGGGAAGAGUCACUGCAAAAUCAAUACAUACUCAUUCUGCACGAUCACCUUCAUCCUGUGAUGAAACAUUUCUAUCCUGAUGAGAGUGGUCCCCUCCAGCAGGAUAUUGCCCUUGUCCACAGGACACAAGGGGUCACUAGAGUCCAGAGACUUGUAGAAAAAGCAGCAGUGGCUGUGGCACCUUCCUGAGACACUUGAUGUUUGGUUUUUCCUUUCAUUUGUCACCCGUCUAUAUAGAGCUGUGUGCAUGUAAAUGUCAGCGCUCGUGUUCACGUGAGAGAGCUGUGUUUGGUGUGUGAACGCUUUGCUAUGAUCACCCCCCCACCCCAAAAAGAAGCACCUUUUUAGGCCGCGGUAUGUGACAGAAGUCUGUAAAACAGAGUCCUGUCAUAUUCUGUCAUAUUAUUAUUUCCUUUUGAAGAAUGUAACUAAUAUUGUGUUCAGCAGGCUAACAGAUUAAACGGGGGGUGGGGGGGGGACUUGGGAGCCAUUUAUAUGUGUGGGUGCUGCGCUUGUCGGAGGUGAAUCCUGAAUUGCAAGAGUGGGUAAUACUAAAAGAAAAGCUGCAACAAUUCCCACAAACAAAGGCCGGACUGUUACUCGCAGCUUACUGCCGCAGUUGCAGUCCAAACCUUCGCAAUUUGGUUUCUCUUUUCAAAUGAUGGCCUUAUUGAUUGCUUUUGUAUCCCUCCUCCUGUGUGGCAUUGUUCUACAGCGUGAUUCAUAGGGCGCCAGAGGAUUUAUUAUAAAGGCUUGCACUUAUAAAAUGCACGCUGUGGGGUUUGAUCUCUGGUAAACAGUGAAUUAGUGUGCUGGGGGGUAGCAGUUAAGUUCAUUUUUAGGUUGUUACACAUAGUAUUAAAUAAAUGGAUCUAAGCCAAUGCUCCCUAUGUGGCCACAUUAACUCAAAAAUAAAAAUCUGUGAGGAAUAUUUAAGCCCAUGAGCUGAGAAAUGUAAACAAAGUGCAUAGUGAUGCAUGUUCAGACUGAUUUUUAAAUUGACUGUUAAGAUGCUGUUUGGAAGCCAUCACUUAUUAGGUGUUAAUGGCUGCGUAUGAGGGGUUGUGUAAACAGAGAGUUGCACUGAUUGCUUCAUUCGCUGCUCUGCGCUUUGAUCUUGGCCACUAGACAUUAUGAAUAGCUUUGAGUGGACAGCUGUUUUUAGACCGUUCCCUAGCACACCAAAUCCCAAGACUGAGCUAAGAGCACUUAUAGGUGGUAGUGUGGCAUCAAGUUGUUUUGUGCUGCCCAGACUAUGUACGAGGCGGUUUAUAGUCGUGUUGAUAUUUUUGUAAACGGGUGGGAAAUCGCAUGCCUAGACAGCUAAGAAUGUACACAAAAGAGCUCAUUUAUUUAUAGUCUAUCAAUCAGAAAUAUAGAUCAGAGAUUAGAUUAAUUACUUGAAUUGUAUUGUGGGUUGGGGAGAUCCUUGCUGAUGAGAAAAAAAAUAUGCAAUGUUUGUCAGGUAGAAAAUAAGGUUUUGAACUGGUUCAGAACUGCUCAGGUUUGAUUAACCGGCCUCAAAAGGUGCUUUCUGUCCUCUCUCUCUCCCUCUCUCUUUCUCUCUCUCUCUGUGUCGUCCCCCCCCCCCCCCCCCUCCCCUUGUGCUCUUGGUCCAACAUGCCUCCUUUUGUCUUCUGUUCUGUCAAACACCAUUAAAGCACAUACACUCUUAGCUCUCCUGGCACAUGCAGUACAUAAGCCCUCUGUUGUAUGCAAAACCAGAAGAAAUGCUCUCUGCUCAGCAAACCUAAAGAAAGAGAUCAAAUUAUGAACCAUUUCCCACUCUAUAGCAGGUCCAAGCCACUUUAUACAGCACCAGCAAAUCACCAACAACCACCUCUUUAAGGCUUCACGUCCACUGGGAGCGUCUCCUGUACUGUGCCACCUCUAUGCUCACGUUGUGGACAGCAGGAAGGACUAAGUGCUGCAUGUACAGAAAGCUUAGCAUGCUUAUAGUAUGUUCUUUAGAGCUUUUAGCAAAAACACACUAUGCUUCAAAGAGGUUUUUUCAGUGGUCUCCUCAACAACCGGACCAGUGUUUCACUAAACAGCAGUUACCUGGUGGACGUGACAAAUUCUACAUCUUGUAUGGAGCAGUUGGUGCCGGUAUAUGUUUCCAUGUUCGACUAUUUCUAGAUGGGGUUAUGUUGUACAAAUGUCUAUGAGCUAUUUGUGUCUGUAUUCACUAUUUUACUAUCCACCGUCCUGUCAGAAAAAAAAAAGAUAGGAUUUGAAAAGACAAGUGCAUCAGAGAGCAUGUGAUAAAUCAGGAGAGAUCUGUGGGUCUGAAUGAAUGGACCGUAAGCAUUGACAGUGUGCAGGAGUUUAUUUUGAUUUAACAGAUACCAGGUUUCAGGUCUGGACAACACAUUUAACAACCUUUUACAACCAAUAGAAGUGUGCUGAAGUGAAUCUGUGUCGGGGUUCAGUUUUGAUUUGUUGUUUCUUUUGGGAAUUCUGUCUUUCUCAUGGACCCUGUUCAGCCUGCUCAAUAUAUUCACAACUAUGGAAACACAUACUAUAACUCUGUUACUUUAAUCCAGCAGUAGAUACUUUACAAAACAUACAAAAGCAUAAACAUGCAAAUUAACUAUAACAAAUCUUCACCACAACAGCUAAUACAACUACUUUUCUUACUUUUGUAUCACUCCUUCAAAAGUUCCUUGCUUCACUGUGACUGCAGGGGCUGCUGGGAAAACCAUGUUGUGUUCUGCAGACACUCAGGGGUCACGACCUGUCCGGUCAGGGUCAGGGAUAGUUGGAAGGUGCCAAAGACAGAAUAUGAGGUGUGUUUGUCAGUUAUGUUGAAAGCGUGUCAACCUGUUGUCACAGCUCUCCAUGCAAACUAUAAACCAGGCAAGUCCUAUUUUCUCUGGAGACAACUGAGAACGACAAGGUACAAGAGAGUGAAGCAAGGAUGUCACUCGUCCUGAUCCAGGACUUUCAUGUGUCCAUCCAGUCCUGGAUGAGCAUCUUUUGAAACCAGACAUUUCAGCCACUCAGCAGCUCAGUGACAAGGUGGAAAAAAAUAGGAAUUGCUCAAAGCGAAAAAAGGUUCCAUGUAAUACUGAUGUUAGUCGAAUGCAAAGUAACGACAAAACCAAGAAAGGUCUCCAACGUCAAUGCAUGACCAUGUCUAAUGGAAGGUAGCACAGUCAGACUGCUGUGCUGCUCAACCUAUUGGUUACACUUUUAAUCAGGCAAACUUUAUUUAUAUAGCAACUUUCAUGCUAUUCAAAGUCAAACAAUGGACUGGGAGACAAAUGUAUACCAAGACUAGAAUGUCAAACCUCCGCCAGGCAAAGUAUUGAUGAAAAUGUCAAAAAAUGUUUAGUUGUGUUCCUGGACCCGCCCCCUUUAACUGAAACAAAAAUGAAUGGGUUGUUCACUGGACCACGCCCCACCCCUCCACCAAGUUUGGUGCGAAUCGGUUCAGUAGUUUCCACAUAUGAAAACAUAAACUCCUUGGCGAAGGUAAUUAAAAUAAAACACUAUAAAGAGAGCUGGCAGCUGUCAGUCUGUCCCAGUGGUGCUGCAAAGAAAAUAGCUCCCAUGGCACAUGAAGUGUUUUCCCCUUAGAUCGCCACAAUAAAAGACAUGUCUCUAAAUCAGUUGACAGGAGCCUUGAACUGAAAACAAUGUCAAUUAUUACUCUUUGGUUUAUGAUUAUUUUAAACCAUGAAGGUUUGAUAUUUGUCGAACUUUCCCAGAGUCUAGAAAAAUGUGGGAUGUCCCAAUGUAAAGUCUGCAGUCUGAGGGGGAAUGUGCAGGCAGGGCCAGCAGUAGAAACAUUAAUAAAUGCAUCAGCAAAUCCUGAAGGUAGAAUACCAGUUCUUAUGAUACAUCUAUGGUAUUAAAUUUAAAGGCUUUUCUUGAUCAGUUUUGUUACUUUGCACAUUGUUUCACUAAGAGGAUUGCCUACCAUCCAGAGAGUUUGUAUUUUGCAUAAUGUUUCCCAUAAUGAAUAAUGAGCUGGCGGGUGUCGGAAAUGUCCAGCUUUGUAGGUAUCAUGGUCCUGGAUCACAGCUGGGCUGUCACAUGCUAAAGGAUUUCUAGAGAGAAUAAGAAGCCAAAGGAAUAAAUUCCACAUGGUUUUCUAAUGUAAAAUAACACAUUGUUCUUACAAAGUGUGACAGAGGUUGCAGGUACACCCUAAGCUACAGUCUGCUGCAAAACAAUGGGAAGCGUGCACAGUAUGUUGGGAAACACAUGGCCAUUCACUGUACAAAGAGUAGAGAUCUUCUUCAGUCUCUAUCCAGAGUUGCCACAUAGCCAUCAGGGUAAUACAGAGAGUAGCAGAAACUGUUAUUCGCAUUUAUCUUUCUUUGACUAUGAUACUAUGUAAGUUGCCCUUUGCUACAAACCUCAGCCUCUUAACAUCUGGUGCAGGAUGAACCAGACCGUAAGAAGUAUCUGAAAUCUGAAAAUCUGAUUUUAUGACCCGGGUUUCAUUCUUUACCUCUCUGUGUCUCUCUUUAUUUAACUCUCAGAUGACAUCACUGUCACAGGCACGCCAAGCAAAGGAACAAUAUUCAGGAUUCACUCCCAUGAAGCACAGGGGCGAACAAACAUGCAAGGAGAUACAGUCGAGCUUUAGGCAACGCUCUGGGUUAACUAAACACACACUCUCUCGUCUUUCAAACGAACACACACAUACGCAGGAAACCUCCGAAUAUCUACUGUGAUCUCCUCUCACACCACCCACACCUUCAUCACACCAAACCCCUCCUCACCUGGACCUGUCCUCCCUGCGAUUACCCAAUCCCCUCCUGUUCCUGAGCACCCAGUACCCCCUUUUUUUCCCUCCUCCUCCUCCUCCCAACAUGAGUCCAGUGGGUGGUGUGAUGUCAGGUUUUUGUGGUGGGCUGCUUACAACAGGUCCAGACAAUCAGCGUGUUUGUAAAUGUCAAUGUGUGAUUUUCAAAUCUUUGUUUAUGGUCAGGGUUUUAAAGGAAGAUAUUUUUAUGGUAAUUGUCGCUGGUCUAUUUUACUAUAUAUUUAUGUAAUAAAUAUGUGACUAAAUCUA